AUGGACACAGCCGAUGCCACUCUGGAGACGCUCCGGGCACAAUGCCUGGCCCGAGGGGCCUCGGGUAUCCAGGGCCUGGCCAGGUUCUUCCGCCGCUUGGACCAGGACCGGAGCCGCACACUGGAUGCAGCGGAGCUCAGGCGGGGCCUGGUUGAGCUGGGGAUGCCGCUAAGCGAGGUGGAGGCGCAGGCGGUGUGCCGCCGCUGGGACCGCGAUGGCAGCGGGACCCUGGACCUGGAGGAGUUCUUGCGGGCUCUGCGGCCCCCCAUGUCCCAGGCCCGGGAGGCAGUCAUUGCAGCCGCUUUUGCCAAGCUGGACCGCAGCGGUGACGGCAUGGUGACCGUGGAGGACCUCCGAGGGGUAUACAGUGGCCGCAGCCACCCCAAGGUCCGGAGUGGUCAGUGGACGGAGGAGGAGGCGCUCCGCAGUUUCCUGGAUGUCUUCGACUCCCCCGACAACAAGGACGGCCAGGUCACGCUGGCAGAGUUCCAGGACUACUACAGCGGCCUGAGCGCCUCGGUGGACACGGAUGAGGAGUUUGUGGCCAUGGUGACCAGUGCCUGGCGGCUGUGA